CUAGUGGUGCGGGGUUGCACCUGCCGGGGCGUGCAGAUGCUGCGGGCCAGCUCGCUCUGCGGGGCAGUGGUGUGGAUGCACAGGAGUUCGGGCGAUGGGCAAGUGCGUGUGAGGCACCGACGACUAGGAAGGAGCCGAGGAUGCGUGGCUGGCAGGGGUUGGGUCGGAACUGAACCCCUAAAAGCGGGUCCGCCUCCCGCCCUCGCGCCUGCCCGAAGCUGAGUCGCUGGCGGCGGUGGGCGGCAGAGCGACGGGGAGUGUCCUUUCACCUUGGAUGGAGCUGAACUUUGAGUGGCCAGAGGAGCGCGGUCGCCCGGGGAUCGCAGCACGCUGAGCUCUCUCUGCGAGACCCCGGUGGCGGCGGCAUCUUUGGAUUUUGGGGGGGCGGGGGCCAGCUGCGCGCCGGCACCAUGUUCCUGGCCACUCUGUACUUCGCACUGCCACUCCUGGAUUUGCUGCUUUCGGCUGAGGUGAGUGGUGGGGACCGCCUGGAUUGCGUGAAAGCCAGUGAUCAGUGUCUGAAGGAACAGAGCUGCAGCACCAAGUACCGCACGCUCAGGCAGUGCGUGGCGGGCAAGGAAACCAACUUCAGCCUGACAUCGGGCCUCGAGGCCAAGGAUGAGUGCCGCAGCGCCAUGGAGGCCCUGAAGCAGAAGUCUCUCUACAACUGCCGCUGCAAGCGGGGCAUGAAGAAAGAGAAGAAUUGUCUGCGCAUCUACUGGAGCAUGUACCAGAGCCUGCAGGGAAAUGACCUACUGGAAGAUUCUCCGUAUGAGCCGGUUAACAGCAGGUUGUCAGAUAUAUUCCGGGCAGUUCCAUUCAUAUCAGAUGUCUUCCAGCAAGUGGAGCACAUCUCCAAAGGGAACAACUGCCUGGACGCGGCUAAGGCCUGCAACCUCGACGACACCUGCAAGAAGUACAGGUCCGCCUACAUCACCCCGUGCACCACCAGCAUGUCCAACGACGUCUGCAACCGCCGAAAGUGCCACAAGGCCCUCAGGCAGUUCUUUGACAAAGUCCCCGCCAAGCACAGCUACGGGAUGCUCUUCUGCUCCUGCCGGGACAUAGCCUGCACCGAGCGGAGGCGACAGACGAUUGUUCCCGUGUGCUCCUACGAAGAACGAGAGAAGCCCAACUGCCUGAAUUUGCAGGACUCCUGCAAGACAAAUUACAUCUGCAGAUCUCGUCUUGCAGAUUUUUUUACCAACUGCCAGCCAGAGUCAAGGUCUGUCAGCAACUGUCUUAAGGAGAACUACGCAGACUGCCUCCUGGCCUACUCAGGACUGAUUGGCACGGUCAUGACCCCCAACUACAUAGACUCCAACAGUCUCAGCGUGGCCCCCUGGUGCGACUGCAGCAACACUGGCAAUGACCUGGAGGAAUGCUUGAAAUUUCUGCAUUUUUUUAAGGACAAUACGUGUCUCAAGAAUGCAAUUCAAGCCUUUGGCAAUGGCUCAGAUGUGACGGUGUGGCAGCCAGCCCUCGCAGUACAGACUACCACUGCCACCACUACCACUGCCUUCCGGGUGAAGAACAAGCCUCUGGGGCCAGCAGGGUCGUCUGAGAAUGAAAUCCCCACACACGUUUUACCACCAUGUGCAAAUUUGCAGGCACAGAAGCUGAAGUCCAAUGUGUCGGGUGGAACACAUCUCUGUCUUUCUGAUCACGAUUACGAAAAGGAUGGUCUCUCCAGCCACAUAGCCACAAAGUCGAUGGCUGCUCCUCCCAGUUGCGGUCUGAGCUCGCUGCCCAUGCUGGUGGUUACCCUUCUGGCCACACUGUUAUCUGUAUUGUUGGCAGAAGCAUCGUAGCUGCGUUCAGAAAACAAUAUGAAAAGACAAAAGAGAAAGAAAGAAAGAAAAAAAAAAAAACCCAAGUAAUCUGUUUCCUGUCCUCUUGUAUAUCUGAAAAUCCAGUUUUAAAAGCUCGGUUGAGAAACA